AACAGAGAUAAACUCAAGCAACGUCUUUCAGUUCCGGUUAGAGAAAAAUCAGCGAGCAGAGAUACACUAAGCGUGCAUCUCUCCCAGUUUGUUCACGAAAAAUCAGCCGUACGUCUCUAUUCCAGCUUUUUAAAAGGAAAUCAGCCUCCCUAUGUCUCAGAACACAUUCCAAUCUUUCUUUCAAAAGAAAAUCAAUCUUUUCUUCUUAUUGCUGUGUCUAUACUAUCCGGACAGAUUCUUGGAGUUUCCUUCUCAUGAAGUCGAAAAAAACAUAGUUGUGUUAAAAGAAGAACUCCAGGCAUCGCUCAUCAAACCUGCUCGUCUGUUGGUCUGGCUCUUGUGAACUGCUACUGAUAAAAAAGCUCAUUCUUAGAGUGUUCUUCUCAUCAAGGUUGACAUGAAUCCAUCAAAAUUUGAGAACUCUGGAAUGGGAUCAACUUUCAAGACUAAUAAGCAUGCAUACAUUCCACCUGGUGCCUUAGCAAGUAGACGAGGGAAAAGCUUAAAACCUUCGGGCUCCGUAAGAGUAAUGGCUGAACAAAAAACUCCAAUUGGCCAAAGUAAAAAUUUUAAUGCAUCCACAUCUUAUCAACAUGAGCCAGCACAGAAUAAUAUCCUUGUACCUCCUGGUUUUGAUCAAAUUGAAGAUGAUGUUUCCCUCUCUACAGAAGUUGAAGUGAUGCAAGAUACUCAGACAAACGAAACAAUUGUAGGUCCUCGUGAAUCUGAGAAAGCAAAAAAGGUGAGAGGAAAGAACAUUUGUAAAAAUGUUGCAAGACUCAAACCUGGAGAAAAGUUGAGCGUCACUUUUUACCAGAAUCGAGCUGUUGGGAAGCAUACUACCUCGUUUGUGAGACACUUGGGUAUUUUAGUUCGUGAUCGUAAUAUGUGCCCAUUGAGGGUACACUCCUGGAAGGACAUCGAAGAAGAUAAGCUAGAACACAUGUGGAAUGCUGUUACUGAUAAAUUUGUCUGUGACAACAUGAAUGAUCAAAAAGAACAUGUCUUACAACAUAUGAGAAGGUUAUGGAAUAACUGGAGAGGAUCACUGCACAAUAAUAUGAAGUCUAAGCCAUUCCGCGAUGCUCUAAAAGAUGUGCCAAGGGAGAUAAACGAGAGUGAUUGGGAAUGGCUGGUUAAGGAGCAUUUCUUAAGUGACAAGUUUAAGGAAACAAGUACAAGAAACUCCAUCAAUAGGUCUAAGUUGAGAAUGCCUCAUCGUACGGGUAGUAAGCCUAUUAGACAGAUAACAUAUGAAUUGGGAGGUAAAGAUGGUAAACCACCAAGCAUGGAUACUAUGUUCUUCCAGACUCGUAAGAAGGAUAACAAGCUUGUCGAACCUGAAACAAUUGCAAAAUAUGCUGAAAUCCAAAAAUUGGUUCAAUCUGAUUCGUCACUUACAACUAUUGAAGUCGUAGAAAAGUGUUUUGGACCUCAACGUAAGAGUCAUGUAGUUGGAUUUGGUGGUGGGAUAACCGCUAAAGAGUUGAAAGGUGGUAACUCUUCAAAGGCUGCCUUGUUAAAUAAGUUGAAUGCAAGUGAAAAAGAAAAUGAAUCACUAAAAAGACGCAUGGAUGAGUUAGAGAAUAAAUGUGAACGCAUGGAUGAGCUAGAGAGUAAAUAUGAACGGCUUGCAAGUGCAGUGUUUGGUCAGCCUUCAUCACCAUCAUCUUCAAAUGAUCAAUAGAUUGAAUCAUUUAACAGCUCAAGAAUUUGAAAGAUGAAGAGUCUAUCGUUCAAGAAAGGAGCAAGUUGAAGUACAAGGUGACUUUUAUAAUAUUAGGGGUGGUUUACAGAAAAUAUCUUAUGUAUAAAUACUGUAAUUUUUAUCUUUUAGGAGUUGAUAAAAAUGGUAUCAUAAAACUUGGAUGGUAUAUCUUUUUUUAAUUCUUUGUAUUAACAAUAGAGUUUUAUAUGAAUAUUAAUUAUUUAGUAUAUUUUUGGAUGUG